AUGAUAUCUACACUUCACCUCGAUCAAGGAACCAUGUUUGCUCAUGCUCUACGCGGAGUCGAGACUUGUUUUACCGUGGCCAUGGAGGACUCCUAUGAGUCAAAGAUCGGUCACGAAGAUUUCAACCCCGAUACGGUCUUCCGCGAGAUGGCCACCCUUGCAAAUGAGCUGUCCAAUGUAUUUAAAACUGGACUCACACCUCGCCAAGAAGCGGCAUUCGUGAACCAUAUUCUGCACUCACUCGCAUGGAUGGUGUACGGCUCAAAUAAGAUCGAGAAAGCUGGAAGUAACUCAGAAAUUACUCUCAAACUCUGUCUCGCCAUCUUCUGCGGUAAAGAGGUUCCCGAGGAGAUUGAAGAGCAAGACCAAGAGUACUUGUCACUCAAGGAGAGUCUCAUAAGCCAAAACCUUCCUGCAGACACUUCGGCUGUCCUGCGUAGUCGACAGGAGGUAGUACAACAUGCCAAAGCUGCAGCAUUUAUGAUCGACCAGCUGUGCAUCCGUGGCCAGGACCUGAGCGAGCAAAUCAUCCUCGACGCCCAUCGCAUCCUGACCUACAAAGUUGACGCCGAGACUACCCUCUGGAUGGAAUAUAGUGGCGUGUACCGAUCACACGAAGUGAGUGCGGGCCUACAUGCAUUUCCUCAUCCCUCCCUGGUCCCAUAUAAAACGAAGUCCAUGUUCCACGAGCUCAAGUGUGACCUGAAAGAAGCUACGACAAAUGGGACAAUCGACCCUAUCGCCUUGGCCUCGAAGUAUACGCACAUAUUCGUGAAUAUUCACCCAUUUAUUGAUGGUAACGGCCGAAUGUGCCGUUUGAUUCUCAACUCGAUAUUGCUAAAGUUCGGGGCCUUCAUUGCUUGUAUUGGGGUAGACGAAGAUGAUCGAUCGAUCUAUAUGGAAAUCGCUAUGAACGGAGGAGCUCUUGAAAAAUUAUACGAAGAUGCCGAGGAAGAAGAGAAGCCCAAGCUGUACAAAGAGCUGGCCAGUUAUGUUUUAGGUCAUGUGAAGAAGAGUAUGACCGAGUUGGUUAGUGCUGUGGCACAAUGA